AUGAACAAGGAAAUUGUGAUUGGCGCAAACAGUUACAAUAAGCUCAAGCUGCCGCCCAUGACGCUCGUGCUGCUGGAGUUCACGAGCAACGACUGGUGGCUGCGCGACAUAAAGCGGGACUACAGGUUCGUGGAGGCGAUCUUCAAGGAGGCCGGGCACCCGACGCAAAUGCGCUACCUGCGUCCGGGCAAGGAGACGGAGGACGUGUGGACAGCACGCCGGCAGUGCCACUUCUCUGCGAUGCACGCGCGCGGUGCGAAAGGGCCGGAGAAGUGCUUCGGCACGGAUAUCUGUGUGCCGUUGCCGAAGCUGACGGAGAUGAUCGACUUCACGGAGGAGAAAUUUCAGGAGGCAAACAAGGCGUGCUACCUGUGCGCGCACAUCAGCGACGGCAACUACCACCUUAUCAUUCCGUACGCCGACAAAGCGGAAUUUGAACUCCUGCAGUCGAUUGAGGAGAAGAUGAUCAAGAAGGCAAUUGCCCUCGGUGGCACAAUUACGGGUGAACACGGCAUUGGUUGUUGCAAGGUGUGUUAUGUGGUGCAGGAGCACGGCCAGGCCCACAUCGACGUGCAGGAGGCGAUCAAGAAGGCGCUGGACACGGACAACGUGAUGAACCCCGGCUGUUUUUACCCCUCCCAAGUGGCGCAGUACCAUCCAUCGCAUCUGUAA